AUGAUCAAUGAUGGCAUCGGUCCUCAGCUUAAUAAUAUUCCCAAGAGUCCCAUUUAUCACUUGCAGUUCCAGAAGACAACCUCAUUCCAAACAGGCUUCGAAGAGUCUAACGACAUCUUCAGGAGUAGCGGAGGAUCUUCAGAGACACCUCAAUUGGAUCCCGGACACAAUUUGGCCGAAAGUACAGUAGGAGCUACGAGAACCAAUGCUUCAGAGGAGCUGACAUGGUCGUGGUUCUUCGGCCAACUGGCCAGCAUUCGAAUUAUUCUCGCAUUUGCGAGUCUCUUUGCCAUUUUCAUGAUCAUCCGCUAUUUGAGGACCAUAUACGGAAAGAUGAUCAAGACACACUUCCAAAUAUACUGUAUUAUUUUGAGCUGUUCAGACUUUUGUAUCUCAAUCAGUGGAGUUUGCACCGUAACUGGAGUCUUUAAGUUCAUUGACUCCCCUGUUCUUUCAACAGUAGAGUCGGUGGUGUUGAUGUUCUUCGGUAUGAACUCCAUGUACAUACACGUGCUCAUAGCUCUUGACAGGGCCAGGUCAACUUUGUUCACGGUCGUUCAGAAAACCAGAGCUAGAAGGCCCUUGAUCAACCUCCCCUUCCUCGUGUCUACCUUGUCAGUGGCUGUGUUUUGCUCGCUUGCCAUUACGAUUACUCCUUUUAUCACAGGAAAACCAAAGUACGAAAUGGACUUUGGAGGCUACUACUGGAACAUGGACUACAAUGACCCUGAUCCGAGAGCAAGAUACUACCUGUGGUGUAUGUUCAUCUUCGGCUAUGCAGUUCCCCUUGCAAUCAUCAUCUGUGUCUAUGCCGAAAUACUGAGACGAGUUUACAAGCAGAGCCAAGCCAGUGCAUCCAUGAUUAAGACAAGGAAGGUAACUACAGUUUGUGCGAUUGCCUCUCUCGCGUUUGUGGUUGGAUGGACCCCCUACGCUUACUUGGCUUUCAUGGCUUUCAUCGGCAAAGACGUUGGUUAG